AAAAUUGUUCCCGUGUUAUAAACGGAAUACUAAAUAGCCCUCGAUGGGUUUGGACUCAAUUUAACAGGAGCUAACCAGUGCUGGAGUCUGAAUAAUCCAUAACAAACAUGUGGGGUUGUAUACUAGUUGUAGUAACUAGUGGUAUGUUAGUGCUGGCUGUAUUCACACCAGGAAUUUUUGCACAAUUUAAUAACACUAAUUAUUCAAUAAAAGUUAACCUUGAAACCAUCGAGUGUAAAAUGUGUCCGCCUGGCAGUUACUGGAUUCAACAUUGUAGUCAAGAUGGUGGCCAGGCAAUAUGUCAGGACUGUCCGGAUGGACGCUUUACAGAGGACUACAAUCGAGCGAUUUAUUGUGGAAGUUGUUCGGGAUGUAACAUGAAUUACAAAGAAUCGCGUGAAGUUGUGGUGGAGGCAUGUACGCGGUUUCGCAACACGAAAUGUGAUUGUAAACUAGGGUACUGGAGAGAAGAAGGAAUAGUCGGAGAUUGCCGAAAAGUGUCGCCGUGUAAGCCCAGCUAUGGUGUGAAAAAGAUGGCGAACAGUCACAAUGAUACAACAUGCGAGAAGUGUGUUAACGGGAAGACCUUCUCCAACAUCAGCUCCGAGGUGACGCCAUGCCAGAACUGUUCAGUUUGCCCCGAGGGAUGGGUACAGAAAUGCCCAUGUAACGAAUAUGAGGAUACUGUCUGCAUUCCAAAAGAUGAAGUAGAGGAUAAUAAGGUUGGUCUUAUUGUGGGAGUGUUCUGUGGCGUAGUGACUGUACUCCUUCUUGUGGGUAUCAUCCUUUUCUGCUGUUGUCGAAAUGAGAUCGCUCAAGGUCUUCGAAAUUGGCAUGAGAGCAGAUGGAGAAAUAGACGACGUCAAGAAAACCAUGAUGACGAGGAACAAGCCAUCCCACUACAGCAAGAUAGACAACGUCAAGAAAACCAUGUGGACGAGGAACAAGCCAUCCCACUACAGCAAGAUAGACGACGUCAAGAAAACCAUGAUGACGAGGAACAAGCCAUCCCACUACAGCAAGAUAGACGACGUCAAGAAAACCAUGAUGACGAGGAACAAGACAUCCCACUACAGCAAGAUAGACGACGUCAAGAAAACCAUGUGGACGAGGAACAAGCCAACCCACAACAGCAUGAUAGACGACGUCAAGAAAACCAUGUUGACGAGGAACAAGCUACCCCACUACAGCAUGAUAGACGACGCCAAGAAAACCAUGAUGAUGAGGAACAAGCCAAGCCACUACAGCAUGAUAGACGACGUCAAGAAAACCAUGAUGACGUGGAAAAAGCCAACCCACUACAGCAACAUAGACGACGUCAAGAAAACCACGAUGACGUGGAAAAAGCCACCCCACUACAGGAAGGCAAUCCUAUUGAGAUGCUUCCAGUAAAUGGAGAAGACAACAGUUAAUGAACCCCUUUGGCUUACCUUAGAGUACUUUCUGCAAGAAGAACCUUUGAGUACUUACUGCAAGACGAACCUUUGAGUACUUACUGCAAGAAGAACCUUUGAGUACUUACUGCAAGAUGAACCUUUGAGUACUUACUGCAAGAAGAACCUUUGAGUAUUACUGCAAGACGAACCUUUGAGUACUUACUGCCAGAAGAACCUUGGAAUACUUACUGCAAGAAGAAGCUUUGAGUACUUACGGCAAGAACAAUGUCAUUUGAGCGCAAAAUGCCUAUAUACUCGCAACGCUCAUAUGCGAGCUCGAGAAUCUCAUAUGCGGAGGCAUAAGCCUAAAAACUAAACCGUAUUACGAAACAUAAACAAUGUGUAUCAACUGGGGUUGAUCUGACUAUGUACAAUAGAACAUUGUUAGAAUGGCAUGUACGGUAAAACACGGCUAGAAUGGCAUGUAUGCUAGAACACGGUUAGAAUGACAUAUACGGUAAAACGAUGAUUGAUUUACGAGAGUAUCAGCGAGCAUACAUCUUUGAGGGUGAAACAUGUAUAAGUGUUUUAAAUUCUGUACUUCAUUGUUACUGUUCAAUCCCUUUGUAUUGUUUUUGUUUUGUUUAAUAGUCUUUUUUCAUAUGCAUGUUGACAUGCAUUAAAAUCGACUGUGUUUUCCUUUAUGAAAUUUUUAGCUUGUAUUUAUUUAUUAAAUCAAAUUAUUCUGUGAGGAUUACAUUGCAACCUUUGAGUGGGAAUGAUACUCAGUGUCUAGAAAAUGGUCCUUUUAAUGAGUCUAGAUUUAAUUUGACAUUAGAAAAUACCAGCAUUGAGAGGGUAUUUUUAGAACUUUUGGACAUUAUUCUUUAUUACAGGCAUUAAAAUUUUCAAAUUAUUUUUAUUGAUUUGUUAUUGAAUAGAUAUGUUGCUUAAAGUUU